UCUCUUUAACUUUCAACUGAUCAAAAUCUCCCAAAAAAAAAAAAAAGAAGAGAAAAUUAUUCUCUUUUUUAUUUAUUUAUCUAUCAAUUUCGUGACUACUGCAGUUGUUUUAUCUCUGGGAGAACAGAUCAGAGCUGCCACUGCUGCUUCUGCUGGAAGAGAAAGCUCAGACUGAGGUAAAGGAGCUAUAGCAGAUCUCACAGAGGGGUCAUGGCGUCGUCGUCCGGUUCGCCAUGCGCGGCCUGCAAGUUCCUGCGGCGGAAGUGCAUGCCGGGCUGCAUCUUCGCGCCGUAUUUCCCGCCGGAGGAGCCGCAGAAGUUCGCGAACGUGCACAAGAUCUUCGGCGCGAGCAACGUCACCAAGCUGCUGAACGAGCUGCCGGCGCACCAGCGGGAGGACGCCGUGAACUCGCUGGCCUACGAGGCGGAGGCCCGGGUGAAGGACCCCGUGUACGGCUGCGUCGGCGCCAUCUCCGUCCUCCAGCGCCAGGUCCAGCGCCUCCACAAGGAGCUCGAGGCCGCCAACGCCGAGCUGCUCCGCUACGCCUGCAACGUCGACGUCCCCAUCGGCAUGCCGCCCCCGCCGCCCCCUCCGCCGCCGCCCGCCGCCCUCGCCUACUGCGGAACUGACUUCGCCGCCGCUAGGCCUCGCAACGGAGGAGCCUCGCUGUCUCCUCCUCCUCCCGGGCUGCUCGAUCCCUGGCCCGACGCCGGCAGCUUCUCUGGCAGCUGCAACCCUGCCGAUCAUCCUGAUGAUCAUGCAAACCAAGGAGACACGGAUAGCAGCAUGUGAUCGCGAGCUUGCAGGGGAAUUAAUUAAUCAUCACUAUGAUCCUAAUCAUUAGUAGUUCUAAUCUUCAUCCAAACUUUGCAGCUAUCAAUUAUUUAAGGUGAUGAAUGAAUGAAGAUCCCUAGGGUUUACAUGAUGC